AUGUUCACAUCAGUGAGAUACAGUUUGCCUAUUGUGUGCAAUAUCAAAGGAAUUCGUGAAGGAGGUUCAAGCAAGUUUAGGGUACUUACCCUUAAUCAAUUUUUUUGCUUAUCAUUUGACAAGUGGCUUAAUGGAGGUGUCAUCAUACUCAAUCAGGAUAUGGAGGAUAUGGAUUUGGGUGCUUUUGAAUUCGAAGGGAAAUCAUUGUUGAAUGAAGCUAUUCGCAGCCGCUGCUUUGCGCGGACAUACGGAAAGGAAAUCUGGACCAUCAAAUCUAUAUUGCACGGUGAGGAUUUAACUAUUGGUGAUCCAUGUGAAAUGCUCUCAACCAAUGAGAAUGGAGAGUUUAGUCUAUACAACUUUUUUACCAGCCCUACCCUUACCAUAACACUAUCCAAGCGGAUGUUUCCCCUCUUUCAUCGUCCUCUAGAUCUCGAGAUAGAUGAGAAAGGCAUCCCUCGAUCUCCAUCCUCCAGAAUUUUUUGCAGGUGCAGCAAAGGAAUUAAUGGAUUGCGUUAAUAUGCAAUCUUCUGAUGAAGAGUUUUGAUUGACAACCGGGUUAUUUAUUGAGUAACACGGGUUACCUCUUUAUUGUCAUGAUAAAAAAUUAUAUGUUAGAUGGUGAUCUCUUGUGAGGCAUAUAUCAAGAAAAAUGUGG